GCGGCAGCCCGGGCGAGGCGCUGCACUGGCUGGCGCAGUUCCAGGCGCUCGGCCACGCCGGCGGCCGCCCCUUCGCCGUCAUCGAGGUGGACGAGGCUGUCUCCCGCUGCAAGGAGACCGUGACCAGCCUGGCCUUCAGCGUGGCCUUCCUGCAGCGCAUGGACAUGAAGCCCGUGCUGGUGCUGGGGCUGCCGUCCCGGAGCUCCCUGAGCGACACCCUCACCUUCCAGGAUACCAAGGCGCUGCUGACCCAGAACUGCAAGGCCCUGACGGACGCCCUGCGCCAGAACUCCGCUGCCACCAUGCCCUUCUUCGGGGCCGGCGCUGUGCUAGGAGCCGAGAAGUCGGCCGCCAACUCCAGGUCAGCCGCUGAGCCUGCAGGCCCGGCUCUCCUCACCCUGCUGAUGGCUCCCGUUAACACCCCUCUCUCUGCUCCCAGCGGGAUCUCCGUGGAUAGCGACCUGCUGCGGUGGUGCCUGGAAUCCGGGAACGUGCCCAUCAUCUGCCCCGUCGGGGAGACCCGCAGCCGCCAGUCCCUGCUGCUGGACUCCAUCGAGGUCACCGCCGCCGUCUCCAGGGCACUGCUGCCCACCAAGAUCAUCUUCCUCAACAUGACCGGGGGGAUCAGGAACUCCGGGAAGAAGGUGCUGGGGAACGUGAACCUGCCCGCCGACCUGGACCUGGUGACCAAAGCCCAGUGCACGGGCCACAAGGAGCAGCAGCAGGUCAGGCUGAUCGUUGACCUGCUAAGCCGCUUGCCCUACGAGGCCUCCGCCGUCAUCGUCUCUGCGGGCGCACUGCUCGCCGAGAUCUUCAGCAACAAAGGCUCGGGGACCCUGUUCAGGAACGCUGAGCGUAUGCUGCGGGUCGAGAGGCUGGAGGAGCUGGACCAGCAGCGCCUGGUCUCCUUGAUCAACACGUCCUUCGGGAAGACCCUCCGAGGGGACUACCUGGCUUCCAUACGGCCCAGGCUGCACUCGAUCUACUUCUCAGAGGGCUACAGUGCAGCAGCCAUCAUCACGAAGGAGCCGGUCCUGGGUGGGAUGCCGUACUUGGACAAGUUCGUGGUCAGCUCUACCAAGAAAAGCCAAGGCUCUGGCCAGAUGCUGUGGGAGUGCAUACGGCAGGAUCUCAGGACCCUCUUCUGGAGGUCUCGCGUCACCAACCCCAUUAACCCCUGGUAUUUCAAGCACAGUGAUGGAAGCUUCACCAACCACCAAUGGAUCUUUUUCUGGUUUGGACUGUCCGACAUCCGGGAUUCCUAUGAGCUGGUGAACCAUGCAAAAUCCAUUCCAGACUCGUUCUGCAAACCGUAGCGCAAUCUUUCUUGGUCAGAGCGAGAGCAGAGCAGGUUGGGCUUGGGAAGAGUCAGGCCUUC